GCAUGCAGUGUGUUAUUGAGAGAGGAUUAAACAAGAGCAUAAUGGAGUUCGGGAUAUGUAAAGACGCACACUUUAUUUGUUCUGGUUAGUCUUUUUAAACUAUUCUCUAAUGACCCCGUUUGGUAACUUAAAAUAAUCUACAGUGCAGUGUUUAAUUACUAAACAAAAAAGGACAGUCGAACGGAACACACGUACUGUGGAUGUGAUGAGUCGCUGAAGAGGAGAAAUCUGAGAAAUCUGCACCUUUCACAGCUACUUGCGUGACUCAGCAGUAGCGCACGACGUAAACAGCGUUUCACCGGAGCGCAGAAGCCACACGUAAAAAGUUUGAGGUGGGCUUUUAUUAUGCGAAGCGGUGUUGCGACGUGUCAGAAAUGAAGGAAAAGUCUAAGAAUGCGGCGAAAACGAGACGAGAGAAAGAAAAUGGAGAGUUUUACGAACUUGCCAAGCUCCUGCCUUUGCCCUCGGCCAUCACCUCACAAUUGGACAAGGCCUCCAUCAUCAGACUGACCUCCAGCUACCUGAAGAUGAGGGCCGUGUUUCCCGACGGUGUGGGGGAUGCAUGGGGCGAGGCGGCACGCUGCAGUCCGCUGGACUCUGUGGCCAAAGAGCUCGGAGCGCACCUGCUGCAGACUCUGGAUGGCUUUGUGUUUGUUGUCGCCUCUGAUGGUAAAAUCAUGUAUAUCUCUGAGACGGCCUCAGUUCACCUCGGCUUAUCACAGGUUGAGUUGACAGGUAACAGCAUAUUCGAAUACAUCCACCCUUCUGACCACGACGAGAUGACUGCAGUGCUGAGCGCUCACCAGCCAAUUCACCCGCACUUUCUACCAGAGUACGAGAUGGAGCGAUCCUUCUUCCUCAGGAUGAAGUGUGUAUUAGCUAAGCGGAACGCAGGGCUGACUUGCGGUGGUUACAAGGUGAUUCACUGCAGCGGUUAUCUAAAGAUCCGCCAGUACGUGAUGGAGGUGUGUCUCUACGAUUCCUGCUAUCAGAUCGUGGGUCUGGUGGCUGUGGGUCACUCUCUGCCUCCCAGCGGCAUCACCGAGAUCAAACUCCAUAGCAACAUGUUCAUGUUCCGUGCCAGCUUAGACCUCAAGCUCAUCUUCCUCGACAGCAGAGUGGCUGAGUUGACCGGUUAUGAGCCACAGGACCUGAUAGAGAAAACCCUGUAUCAACAUGUCCAUGGCUGUGACGUGUUCCACCUGAGAUACGCACACCACUUACUACUGGUGAAAGGGCAGGUCACCACAAAGUAUUACCGCAUGUUGUCCAAGCAUGGUGGCUGGGUCUGGGUCCAAAGCUACGCCACCAUUGUGCACAACAGCCGAUCUUCUCGGCCGCACUGCAUCGUUAGUGUCAACUACGUUCUCACAGAUAUUGAGUAUAAGGACUUGCAGUUGUCUCAGGAGCAGCUCAGGGCCAGACCAACCUUGUCCUAUAAAAGCUCCAACUCUCCCCCACAGGACUUGCGCAAACAGUUCAAAGCCAAAACAGCCAGAGUCAAAACCAAACCCAAAACUUCCCCAUACCCUCAGUUCUCCAUGUCCUCUGAUAAGUUGGAAUCUCCUCCAGGAGGUAGCUGGAAGUCGAGUCCUCCAUGCAGCCUCUCGGCCAGCCAGGAAAAGAGUCCGGUCUCACUGUCCAACCCCGAACAGGGUGAGAUGCUGCCCUAUAGUGUGCCGCUGACGUACUCAUGCGCACAAGCUCACACACGCCUCCGUGAGGACUGCAGUAAGCUGCAGCCAGUGACGGGUUCCCCCGAGCAGGUUGAGUGUCGGCUCCUCUCAGUGGCGGCAGUCCAAAGAGACGGACACUGGGGCAACACAGGCUCCCCCAAACCCCCUUUAAAUCCACACACACUCAAACCUUCUUUACACAACGGCAGCCCCAAUACCUCAUCAUAUAACAACAGUUAUGCAGAUUGUGGCAGGAGGUUUUGCAGUGAUUCCCUCCAUGAAAACUUUAGCAGCUGCUCGUCUUCCUCCAGACUUAGCAGCCGCUUCAAAGAGGAGCCAUACGAACAUCUCUCCAUCAGCCAUAGCAGGCCACAGAACCAGCUUCACAAUCCUACACAAGGAAGUGCUGAGUACAGGAAACUCAGUAAAGACCCGGCAGAGAGGGCCGAGAUGGCACUGCCAUGCCGGCUGUUGAAUAAGAGCACCUAUGAUCAGCCACGUGUCUGCCAUGGACUCCAGAACCUUAGCCAGAACAUUCCCAUGCAGAUGAUGUUGGAACAGAAAAGGAGAUUGCACAUGACUGAGACAACGUACAACCCCCAGACGCAGCAGCAUUCAGCUCGUGGGCACUGCGAUGCCUCCAGGGCUGAGGAGAGGACAGUACUGAAGGGACAAUCUUCAUAUGUCUCUUUGAACCUUCACCACGUUCUGGCUAAGCACAGCUCCUUCCCAGCUGUGCCGUAUUCACUCGGACACCUGGCGGACAGCUACAGCUACCGUACGGAGGAACUCAAUCCCUAUUUGUACAGGGCCCAGAGCCCGGCUUCCCGCUCUUCCCCCGAGAACCAUGGCCAAAUUCAGCACUACAUCGGCACCUCUGUCAUCAUCAGCAACGAGAGGUGACAUGCUCAGGGUCAAAUGUCAGGGGACAGGUACCAAGGACACUAAGAAUCUUGUGCCAGCAGGUUGCAAGUGACCACAGAUUUGGACACAUACUGCACUCAUACAAGCCAAUGUGAAACUUUGCAUGGAGCAACACCUUAUAUCAGGUAAUAAAUAUAUUCUAUUUUUGCAAACCGCAUAGGCAUUAGAGAGUGUGAGGGUGAGACAACAGAGCUGGGGAUAAAUGAGAAAAUGAAAAAAUGCUGAGAACCGGUAUGUUAUCUGGGAUGUUUAUUUGAACGGUGUCCUAGUUGCUGAACAAACAUAUAACUAAAUAUGCAAGAGCAAAUCGCUCAAUGUGAACUGAAAACUAAUCUAACAGUAGGUUUGAUUCGAAUGAAAUAUGAUCCAAAUCCUUAUGCGCAGACUGUUAACACCCACCAACAACCUUUAAGAAUAGUGAAUUUUAAAGUUUACACAGCAUGAUGGGUAUUCUAUGUGAACAGUAACAACAAAUGUACUGAUUAAGAAAUAAAAUCAAGUUCUGUGGUGCUUAAAAAACAAUAACCCACAACGUUAAGGUGAAAUAGCUUUAUGUUGUGGUUAACAGGGUGCAGAAAACCGAUUCUGCUUGAUCACAAGGAAUUAACACUUUGUUCAUUUCUGCCAUUGCUUUGACUUAUUUGUGACAAACAUAAAUGAAAUAUGAAUUACA